UCAGGUCCGGCCCUUUUUUUCCCCGCCAUUCGAAGCCGCGGUAGGGCGGACUACCAAACCGUACUUCAAAAUUACAGAAACGGAGAAAAGCUCAGGCCCAAAACCCUCCGUUGUUUCCCUCUAUUUUCUGGAUUUGGGGGUUUUCAGGGAUUUCGUAUCAGAAGCCAUCCGCUUCGUCCAAUCAUGGCUUCUUCGGGCCCACCACAGUCAUCAUCAUCGAGCGGCUACGAAAUCCCGUGGGUGGAGAAAUACAGACCCGCCAAAGUAGCCGACGUUGUGGGGAACGUGGACGCCGUCUCUAGACUUCAAGUCAUUGCAAGGGAUGGAAACAUGCCCAACCUCAUCCUAGCCGGCCCUCCGGGAACUGGGAAAACUACAAGUAUACUUGCCCUUGCGCAUGAGCUCUUGGGGUCAUACUGCAAGGAGGCUGUUUUGGAGUUAAAUGCAUCAGAUGACAGGGGAAUUGACGUUGUGAGGAACAAGAUUAAGAUGUUUGCUCAGAAAAAGGUAACACUCCCACCAGGGCGGCACAAAGUAAUAAUUUUGGAUGAAGCCGACAGCAUGACAUCUGGAGCACAACAAGCCUUGAGGAGGACAAUGGAGAUAUAUUCAAACUCAACACGAUUUGCUCUCGCGUGCAAUACUUCUUCAAAAAUUAUUGAGCCCAUUCAGAGCAGAUGUGCACUUGUUCGUUUUUCAAGAUUGUCCGACCAAGAGAUUCUUGCUCGUCUUAUGGUAGUGGUCGAAGCUGAGAAGGUUGCAUAUGUGCCAGAAGGUCUUGAAGCCAUAAUCUUCACUGCUGAUGGGGAUAUGAGGCAGGCUUUGAAUAACUUGCAAGCUACAUAUAGCGGGUUCCGGUUUGUCAAUCAAGAGAAUGUCUUCAAGGUCUGCGACCAGCCUCACCCUUUACAUGUCAAGAAUAUGGUCCGCAAUGUUCUCGAGGGGAAUUUUGAUGAUGCCUGUUCUGGUCUGAAGCAGCUCUAUGAUUUGGGUUAUUCUCCUACCGACAUAAUCACCACGCUUUUCCGUAUCAUAAAGAAUUAUGAUAUGGCCGAAUAUCUGAAAUUGGAGUUCUUGAAGGAAACUGGAUUUGCCCACAUGAGAAUCUGCGACGGAGUUGGCUCACUCCUUCAGCUGUGUGGCCUCUUGGCCAAGCUCUCUCUAGUUCGGGAAACAGCAAAAGCUGCGUAAGUAGAUCUUGAUGCAUCGAAUCUGUUUGCAGUUUAAGAACUUUGGAAGAGCUGUUUAUAUAGGAUUUUGGAUUUAGCAUUCUGUGCAUUUAGCUGGAUAUCGGAACGAUUUGAGUUGUCGGGUUUUUGAACUAUGGCAUGGAGCUGUUUUCCUACUUGGAUUGACUGCCCAUGCGUGUAAUCAAAGGGCAACUUCUUCUUCCCUUUUCCCA